AACGGGCGGCGGCGGGGAGCGGCGCCAUGGUGAAACCGCUGAGGGAUCGGGAUCGGGAUCGGGAUCGGGAUCGGGAUCGGGAUCGGGAUCGGGAUCGGGAUCGGGAUCGGGAUCGGGAUCGGGAUCGGGACCGGGAUACUGCCGAGGGUCCCGGUCCCAUGGUGAGCCCCCCGCUCUCCCCGCAGCCCGCUGCGGCACCAGCCGACGGCUUCGCCUCCUCAGACGAUGAGGCCGCCGAGGAGGAACCGAGCCCGCUCCACAUCUCCUGGUUGUCUUUGCCUCCUCUCUACUCUUCGGAGUUCCUGGGAUUGUGCUCCCUUCCAGGUUGCAGGUUUAAGGAUGUCAGAAGAAAUCUUCAGAAAGAUAUAGGAGAACUAAAGAGCUGUGGGAUCCAGGAUAUCUUUGUGCUUUGUACCAGAGGAGAGCUCUCAAAAUACCGAGUCCCAAACCUGAUCGACGCGUACCAACAGCACGGGAUGUGCGUGCACCACCACCCCAUUCCUGAUGGGAAUGCUCCUGACAUUGCCACCUGCUGCAAGGUCCUGGAAGAGCUCAGAACCUGCCUGGAAAAUAAGCAGAAAACAAUGAUACACUGCUAUGGUGGCCUUGGACGCUCGUGCCUCGUGGCUGCCUGUCUCCUGCUCCAGCUCUCAGACACCCUGACACCUCAGCAGGUGAUAGAGAGCCUCAGGAACCUGAGAGGAUCGGGGGCCAUACAGACCAUCAAGCAGUACAAUUUCCUCCACGACUUCCGCGAGAACCUGGCUGCACACCUGGCAACAAAGGACCCGGCGCUGAGAUCGGCAUCGCGGUAGCUGAUCCUGCCGCGGGCAUCUUUGUGUCUGUGGAAACUCCCGGACAAGAUCCCUCUCUCCUGACCUUUCCUCAGUGCCACUGCCUGUGUGACACAGCUGCUGCCUUCCAAAUCCGUGUGUAAAGCGCUGGGAUGGGGAAGAAAAUCCUGGAGAACAUGUAGCAUCUUCCUCUCUUUGCUGACUUUAAUACUCACUGCCUGAAAAAUGCACGUGUAAGUGUGUUUGUGUCCAUUGCUGUUCUGCUGGGAUAAUGGAGCCGGGUAGAAAUUCCAUCUCUGGAGCUGUUUAAAAACACCCUCUCACCCUCAGCUCUGCUGUAAAGCAAAGUCAAGCUGGAGCACUCAGCCCUAACGAGCUCCUAACAACUCGUUCUAAAAUGUCACAGCUCUGCUCAGUGUGUUGAGGGGUAUUUGGGAAGGAAUCCCCUCAUUCCAGAAGCAGGUGUUGUACACAAAAUCUGUGACAAACCCAGCAGGGGGUUGCAGGUGACUGUGGCAGGAAUGCACUGCUGCAGCUGCGUGGGUGAGCUGGCACGGCCCUUCUGCCUGCUGCCACCAUGGAGAGUAAACAAUCAGCUGUGGGCUGCGAGGAUCUCACAGGAGCGGUCCUUGAACAGUCCUCAGCCCUCCCGUUUCACUACUUCCAUUCAUAAAAGCAAGAUGAAACAGCUCCUGGCUUUUGAUAAAGUUCAGGACCUUCUCAAGUCAGUAGCUGGGAUGAGACUCCAGACAGCACCAGGGGGAUGGAGUUGAACAAGUCCCUGCUUUGUGAACGUCAGAAUUUAUCUUUUAACAUUUGAACUUUGAGCACAAAGGUGAUUUCUGCAGAUUAAUUAGUGUUUACUGCCAUUCCCUGCCCCACUCUUACAGCAAACAACAGGAACUUUACCAGUUGCCACAACAUCGAAUCAUUUACAGUAAACACCCUGUCCCAAAUGCGCUUCAGUACUUAAUCCUUGAAACGAAUGGUUUUCAGAUAUUAAAUAUUUAAAACGUGACUCAGCAGGAAGCUUGCUGAGGGCAUGAGAAGUGUUCUUUAUUUUCUCUGUAAUCUUUUGCCUUCUGGAACUCCAAAAACAACCAUCAGGUCCACAUUUUGAAAGCCCAAUGCCUGGUACUUCAGCAAGGCAUCACACAAGGGUUACUCCAGCACUCCUGGGACGCGAGGCUGACGCUGCUGGACGUGGACGGUGUUCCCCACACCCCUGGGCAGCAGGGAAUAUUCAUCUGCACCCCACAUCCAGUUAAAGCUGGUCAUCAGCAGGACGGUGCAGACACCCGGUAAAUAUCGCCGGGCAGAGCCCCUGCGGCUGGAGGGGCUGCAGGAGCAGCUGUCACUUGGGCUCAGUCAGGCUGUGUCGUUUAUUCCAGUGUGGAAUUUGGCUCAAACCAGCCCAAAUGCCAAAGGGAACGAGAGGUUUGUUUAGAAGGUUGAGGAGAGCCAGGGGCUACAAGCAGCCAGUCUCGUUUCCAUAAUGGAUUAAUAAAUAUACAAACGUUAAGAAAGGUUUAAUGAGCUUUGCUUCCACAGGCUGAAGUCAUCUCUUACGUCUCUGGAAGAGCCAAGUAGCAGAAAAAUAAAAAUGAUCCAAUAGGAACAAUAUUCAUGAGUUUCUGAAAGAGCUUUUCAAAAGUUCUGCUGUGAACAGCUAAAAAUUAUGGUUGCACGAGGAAAAAAAUAAUCAUGGAAUAUUGAAGGCUUGAGCAGUAGGAGCAUGGGAAAUGCUCAAUAAAUGCAAGGAAACGUGUGAAAAACAAUUUUAUGUACAAAGCAAUAAGCUGUCAGGACUAUUACUACCUAGGAAAGAAAAUCUGAGGGUAUCACAGCCUGAAUUCUCUUACCCCUAGUAUAUUUAAAAAAAAACCCAGAAACUAUAGUCCCAAACCUUAUGGAAGGACUUCCAAGCAGAGAUCAAACAGACUGAGCCCCUCUGACAGACGACAUGAGUGAAGUCUGCUCAUUCACACCCAGCACAAAUAAGGUGGAAAGGGGGACAUUUUCACCAUGUCCUAAAAAAUGAGAGUGUAGGGUCACUAAGUGAAGUCUCAUUAGACACUUAUUUUUCACACAGCAAUUCCACUGCAGAACUCACGGUCAGGAUUGCCCAGAGAAGCUGUGGCUGUGGCUGCCCCGUCCAUGGCAGGGGUUGGAAUGAGAUGAGCUUUGACCUAAUGCCCCUUCCAACACAAACCGCUCUGGGAUUCGGUGAUCUUUCAGACCAGGCUACAUAAGUGCUCAAAAAGCAACUGAAAUGAUGGCAGGAAAGCCACUGAGAGCUUUUUAAAAUGCCAAAGCGCACUCAGGACACCUGUAACAGGCCAAUUUCCAAAUUUCUCACUCUUCAGGCAGAUACUCAACACCUGCCCUGGUUCAUGUAUUCCUUUCCCCAGCCACUGCCAGCGCCCCACACACCCAUGUUGGAAUAUCUGGAUUUCUGCUGGAACCCAUCAUCCAUCCAGCUUCUAUCGUGCCUAACACCCAAGAGACCCAAAGCGAACAAAUACACAGUUUAUGC